AAUACAUAAACUUGAAUGGAUUUAGAGGUUAAAGGAGUUGCUGCUUCUCCUACAAGCCAAACUCAGCCAUUCUCCAGAAGAAAGAAGCCACUACAACAAGGAUGGACUUCUGGAUCAUUGGCAAUCCAGAAUUCUUGCCCACCUGUGGUCCCACCACUUGACUUGAGAAGCCUUGUUGACUCUGAUGAUGAGGAUGAUUUUUCAUAUAAUCGUAUUCCACUUAGUACAGCACAUAUUUAUUUUAACCCACCAAAUUCAUCUUCUACUCUUGGCUGGAUCACACCAUGUCAAAUGCCAUAUACACAGCAUCAUCUAAAUGAACUGGAGCAGGACAUAAUACCUGAAAAUUUGCCAGCACCAACAAGCAAAUAUAAACUAAAAUAUCAGCAGUAUAAAACUGAAAUGAAAGAGGGGUAUAAACAGUAUAGUCAGAAAAAUGCAGAAAAGACAAAAUCAAAUAUCAUACAUCAACAGUCUCCGAGAAACAAGAUAGAUGAAAAGUGUGUGCAAGGUGAAGAAGCCAGAACGAAUGACCUUACAACUCUGGAUAGGAAAGCCCUCUUACAGCAAGGUUAUGCAGACAACCCUUACACUACACAACAGAGUGCAAGAAAAUCAGAUGCAGAAAUUGUGGCUGCAGAGAAGAAGAAACAGACUGUUGCAGAGCAAGUGAUGACAGACCAGUUAUCUAGGGCUGUAAUCAGUGAUCCAGAACAAAAUUCAACCACUGAGAAACAAGAAAGCGCUCAUAUCCUCCCAGAUUCAAAGUUAGCACCACUUCGAUUUAGGAAAAGAACACUACAUGAAACAAAGAUAAGAACCCAUUCUACAUUAACUGAAAAUGUGCUUUCUCAUAAAGUGCAGUUUGAUGGUAGGAUCAUAUCAAGAAAUGGACGUGAUGCUUGCAGAGAGCUGAUUGGGUUCUUUUUUAAUCAUGACCAGUCCCUUACAAUUUAUGAGUAUCGGCAAUUCGGGAAAAAUAGAACAAAUGUGCUUCCUUUUAUUCAAAAAAGCACGUACAGUCAUCAGUGUGGACGAAGAAAAGGAAAACAAUACCAACUUGGUGAUUUUUAUAUUGGUGCAACCUUGACAUUUUUGAGUUCUCAUCAUCCCAGCCUUCCAGAAAGCAUAAAACAAAACUCAUUACUUAUACUUCGAAUCACAAAUAUUGAUCAAAUAGCUUUGGAUUCUCUCAAAACUGCUUCCGUGGAACAUGAGGAUGAUAUAAUCAGUCUAGAAGCCAGUGACAGGCUGGUCUUCAAGGCCAUUCAAGAUGUGCUGAAAGAACAACUACAUAAAAGAGGUGUUCGUAUUUUGACUGGAUUGGGAAAAUACUUUCAACAAUUGGAAAAAGAAGGAAAUGGACUUUUAUGUAAGACAGAUUUUAAGCAAGCUCUAGAAGUAUUUCACUUAGAAGUGCCUGAAAAGGAUUUUGAGUCUGCGUGGCUAAUUCUGACUAGCAAUGGCAAUGGCAAUGGUAAGGUUGAUUACGGGGAAUUCAAACGUGCCAUUAUUGGUGAAAUGAAUGAAUACAGGAAAUCAUUUGUUCGAAAGGCCUUUAUGAAACUGGAUUUCAACAAAACUGGCAUUGUGCCUAUUAUAGACAUAAGAAAAUGUUAUUGUGCAAAGAAACAUCCUCAAGUAAUUUCAGGUCAGUCCACAGAGGAAGAAAUCAAAUCUUCUUUUCUAGAAACAUUAAAAGAUGCCUGCAGCAAGUCUGAUGAAGUUUCAUAUGGUGAAUUUGAAGAUUAUUAUGAAGGUCUAAGUAUAGGGAUAGUAGAUGACAAAGAUUUUAUUAACAUCUUAUGCAUUCCAUGGGGGAUUAGUUUUUAA